UUUUCUUCUAGUAGGGAAGGAACUCAAAUCCCCACCCUGCCGCUCAGCAGGUGAUGAGAUAGAAGUGGGAAGUAAACAAUUGCAACUCCAUUUGUAACUCAGCACACUUUAGAGUGUCCCCACAUGAACAUCAGGAGAGAUGGAGAAGCUGAACAUGGAUUCCUGGAGAGAAAUGUUUUAUGAGAAGAUAGAGGAGGUGAAGCCAUGAGACAACUGGGACCUAAAGAUGCAACAGAACCUUGAUUACAAUGACUUUGGACCUGGUUGGAAACAAUCACUGCAAGAACAUGCAUUUGCCUGCUUCCAGUGCUCAUGGUGCCAGCAUUUCUGGUCAUCAGUUCAAGUGGUUAUUCUGUUCCACAUGUACCUGGACCAGCACAGGAGAAAAGAUUGUGUGAAGAUAGUCUUUAGACAAGAAUGUUAUGAGUGCUCCGAGGGUAAGUUAGAAGAGCCAAAUUUCAAGGAGGAAAGCAUCCAGAGGGCCUUGGAGAAUGUGGUCAUCAGCAUUAGGGAGAAAUGCUAUGGAGAGUACGUGGACCACACCCAGUUAUCUGAGGUUAAAGUGAUAGGUCAGCACUAUGGACCACAUCGGAGUGACCAUUGUGAGGAUUGUUGGUUGGGAAUAUAUCAGAGGCCCAAACACGCGAUGUAUUAUGUAAGACCCAAAGACACAGUGUACCAUGGGACAUCCAAAGACACAAUGCCACCAGUUCAGCUACCAUCACACAAUUUACCCCAGGAUACGAUUUGCCAUGGUUUCAAGUUUUGCUGUGUUUUCUGUACUAUUUGCAUUUUGAUUUUUAUUUAUAUGAACAGUUGGAUACCAAAGCUAGUCAAAUAGUGGGGGUAGCCCCCCCAAUUCAUGAAUAAUUGCAAAUCUAGUCAGCUAGUUUGGUUUGCUCUGAUUGGUGCAUUUGUAUUACUUAUUUUACCUGAGUGUGUAGAUAAUUGCUAGGUACUCAAGAAUAUUUUUGAAAGUCCCCAAAAACUUCAUGAAUUCUGGUGGGAGUGAUUCUGCGUCUGAAAAUUCCAACCAGAGCUACAUCAUUUAUCCCUCUCUUUUCUCUAGUUAUUGUUCUCCUGUUUGAAAACUUCCAGUUGGUUAAUCAAGGAGCAGAAACACUACCAUGUGACUUAGGUGACCAACCACACACCAGGAGUAACAAAUGGCUAAAACGAACAAUUUGUGAACAGCCCCAGAGACUGAAAUUAUUUGUCUGGACUAUUUGGCAAAUCCAAAUAACCAACACGUUGGAUCCAUGAACCCAGAAAGGAGUUACGUUAAUAAUGAACAUGAUUUUUGAUGACUGAUUCAGCUGGCUCUAUCUGUUACCUUCCCGCUUUUUAAGGCAUUUGACAUUGAAAACUGAACAACAGGAGAGAGACUGGAUUUAGCAACUGAACUAUUUGAGGAAAGAUGAGCCAAAGGAGAUAAACUAAUUCAAAAUAGAAUCAUAGCAAUGUCAUGCUGGAGGGGAAGUCAAGAGGUCAUCUAGUCCACCCCCAUCCCCUCUAUGCUAAGGCAGGA